UUCCCAAAAAUCCAACUGUCUUCUUCUUCCCCCCAGUCACUCCUCCUAUCCAACCUGUCCUUCCCGCGAAUCUCGCCCUCUUUCUUCUUUAACCUAAUUCCCUAAUUCCCCCCCAAAUGCUCUCCUCUUCUUCUCUUUCUCCGCCCCAAUGGCCUCCGCCGCCGCCGCUGUAGCGGCUGAGCUGCUCGCCGUCGCCCGCGCAUCCCCCUCUGCCUGCCCCAGCGCCGCCCAAUUUCGCCCUGACUGCGCCCGCCUCGCCCGUAAGGUCUCCGUCCUUGCCAAUCUCUUUGAGGAGAUCCUUGACUUCUUCUUCGUCGCCACCACCGCCGCCGCCACCAAUCCCCCCGUCCCGCCGGUUGAUCAGUCGUUUUGCUGCUUGGAUCUGCUCCUGCUUUCUCUCCGGGCCGUCUUGCGCUUCUUCUCCAUCGUCGACUCCCGCUCUGGUUUAGUGGGCAAGCAUAUUACCAUCCAGUUUCAGUAUGUGAUAUGGCAAUUGGAGAGUGCUCUUGGUAACCUACAGUUUGACCAUUUCAAUAUAUCUGAUGAAGUUCAAGAACAGGUUGAACUUGUGCGUUCGCAGCUGAGGAGAUCUUUAGAAAAGCCAGAGACCCCAAAUUUGCUUGUCUUCUCUGAAGUUUUUCAAGCACUAUCUGACAUUCAUGGUAUCAAAGACAUAUAUCAAGAGUCCUCAAAUACGCCCGCAGCAUUGGAAAUUGGGGGCACUGGUUAUUCUGAUCAUGAUAUCCGAGAAAUAAUUGUGUUGGUUGCAGAAGUGAAUGGAAAGUCUGACUAUGAUGUUGAACUAGUAUUAGCGACUGUGAUCCAAAGGCUUGGGAAGACUAAACUUGAGGAUCUUUGUAACGUUGUUCUGAAAGAUAAAGAACCUGACAAUUCAAGCGAAAAGACUUUGGCUGAAAUCAAGAAAGCCGACACACCAGUGAUUCCAGAAGAUUUUCGCUGCCCGAUAUCUCUGGAGUUAAUGAAGGAUCCUGUUAUUGUUGCCACUGGUCAGACCUAUGAGCGAUCCUUCAUCCAAAGAUGGAUUGACUGUGGCAACCGAACAUGUCCUAAGACUCAGCAAAGGCUCCAAAACCUGACACUGACCCCUAACUAUGUUCUAAGAAGCUUGAUCAUGCAGUGGUGCGAAACCCACAGGAUAGAGCAACCAAACAGAUUGAUCAAUGGACGACUAAGAAAGAAAGAUGGAACCUUUUAUGAAAUUUCUGGGGAUAGAACUGCAAUUGAUGCACUGGUCCGCAACCUUUCAAGUGCAUCAAUGGAGGAGCAAAGGUCUGCUGCUGCGGAAAUCAGAUCACUGGCAAAACGAAGUACUGAUAACAGAAUCCUAAUUGCUGAAGCUGGAGCUAUACAAAUUCUUAUCGGGCUCUUGUCAGCUAAUGACCAAAAGACCCAAGAGCAUGCGGUAACAUCUUUACUAAAUCUUUCUAUAUAUGAGCCUAACAGGGAAACCAUCAUGUUGGCUGGUGGCAUUGUCCCCAUAAUUGAAGUCCUUAGAAUGGGAAGCAUGGAAGCAAGAGAGAAUGCAGCAGCUGCUGUCUUUAGUCUCUCACUCAGUGACGAAAACAAGAUAACCAUCGGAGGUACAGCCGGAGCAAUAGAAGCACUGGUUGAGUUGCUCCAGUGUGGGAGUUCUCGUGGAAAGAAAGAUGCCGCAACAGCUCUAUUCAACCUAUGUAUUUAUCAAGGCAACAAAUCUCGUGCUGUUAAGGCAGGAAUUCUGAACCCUCUACUUGACAUGCUCAAGGAUUAUUCGAGCAAUGGAAUGGUGGAUGAGUCACUAACCAUAUUGUCAGUUCUUGUGAGUCAUCAAGAGGCUAAGUCGGCUAUAGCAAAAUCUAACAUGAUACCGCAUUUGAUUGACCUGCUCCGGACAGGGCAGCCACGGAGUAAGGAGAAUGCAGCUGCCGUAUUACUCACACUCUGCAAGAAAAACUGCAACAACCUCGCAUGUAUAGGACGGCUUGGAGCAAUUAUUCCACUAACAGAGCUGGUGAAUAGUGGCACGGAAAGAGCUAAGCGCAAAGCAACUUCCUUACUAGAGCAUCUGAAUAAGAUGCAGACGAUUUUAUUGUGAAAUUUAUCUACCGAUUUCCACCAUUUGUCUGAUUGUCUUAUGCUUGUGUUUUGUACCAGUGACACCAACCAUUGCUCAUUGGUUUUUUAUUCUUUAAUUGUAUUCUUUGCCAAUUUGGGUAAAUUGUUUCACUUCUCUUGUUGUUCUUGUAUUGUUUAAAUAAGAACACGGUGACUCGUGAAGGGUGAAAUUUUUUUUUUUCCUGUAA